AUGGACGGCAAGAGGCAUCCUAGCUCGUUCCAGCAGCUGGAGAAGCUCGGAGAGGGCACAUACGCAACUGUGUUCAAAGGGAGGAAUCGCCAGACUGGAGAGCUCGUCGCUCUCAAGGAGAUCCACCUCGACUCGGAAGAGGGAACACCGUCGACGGCGAUCCGCGAGAUUUCACUUAUGAAGGAGCUCAAACACGAGAACAUUGUCGGACUUCACGAUGUUAUCCACACCGAGAACAAGCUGAUGCUCGUGUUCGAAUACAUGGACGGCGAUCUGAAGCGAUACAUGGAUACCCACGGCGAACGUGGCGCGCUCAAGCCUGCGACCAUCAAGUCCUUCAUGUACCAGCUGCUCAAGGGCAUCGACUUCUGCCACCAGAAUAGAGUGCUGCACCGAGACCUCAAACCCCAGAACCUGCUUAUCAACAGUAAGGGGUGCUUGAAGCUCGGCGACUUUGGCCUUGCCCGGGCCUUUGGCAUCCCCGUCAACACCUUCUCCAACGAGGUCGUCACCCUGUGGUACCGUGCGCCGGACGUCCUGCUCGGUAGCAGGACGUACAACACGAGCAUCGAUAUCUGGUCAGCUGGUUGCAUCAUGGCUGAGAUGUACACUGGCAGGCCCUUGUUCCCCGGCACCACAAACGAAGACCAGAUUGUCAGGAUAUUCCGCAUCAUGGGCACGCCUACUGAGCGUACAUGGCCGGGCAUCACGCAGCUGCCCGAGUACAAGCCGACCUUCCAGAUGUACGCGACGCAAGACUUGCGCAACAUUCUACACGCCAUUGAUCCCACCGGCAUCGACCUGCUUCAGCGGAUGCUCCAGCUUCGGCCAGAGCUGCGCAUCAGCGCUCACGACGCCCUGCAGCACCCGUGGUUUAAUGACAUCGUCCUACAGCAACAGCAGCAACAGCAGCAGCAACAGCAAGCAGCUCUGCAAGCUCAGGCGCGGAGCUUCCAGCAGGCGGUUCCGUCACAGCCCUUUGACAACAACUACUAGCAGCAGCAUUGGUGAAUUCUGCGUUGUGUCCAGCGUCCCAGGAUCUUGCAGCGCUGGCCAUGCACAGUAUAAUUACCUGGUCAAACUUGGCGGAUAUCAUCCGUUGUGUGUGAAACGAAAAGAAACAACAGCGACUUGUUGAUUCCUUGGCUGGCCAUCAAAGUCAGCACACUUUGCGCCAUACAUUCACAGGCCCUGCAUUUGCCCUCAAGUGUGAAUCGUCAUGGGUCUGGCUACAGUUUCGAUUUUGCGGCGACUCUGGGCUCUUUUUGGCGGUGGUUGGAUGAUAUUGCUGAUACUAAAAGCUCAUCGGCCAUGAAUUAAAGGGGGAGGGCAAGACGAGAUAUCCAUCUUU